AUGCAUCAUCAUGCAUCAUGCAUCAUAUCAUCCAUGCUUUUAUUAAAUAAAAUUAUUUUAUAAACCCUUCCUUGUCUUUUAUUUUUAAAUAAAAACCCUAAUCUCUCCCUCUCAUAUUUCUUAUUUUAUAAUUAAGCUUUUCCAACAAAUAAAUUCUUAAACAUAAAGUUGCUUUGUUUUGAUUACAAAUAAAGUAAUAUUUGAAAACCUAAUUAUGAAUCUCUCUCUCACCUUUGCCUCAAAUUCAAAACAAUUUUCAAAAUAAAAGUCAAAGGAUUUGCUAAAUAAAAAGAAAACCCCUUCCUUCUCCCUUGGGCCUCUCUCUCCCUCUCUUCCUCUCUUCUCUCUCUGGCCCAACCUCCUCCGGCCCGUACCUCUUCGCUGGACUUCUUCUUUUUCCCCACGUAAAGGAACCAGAGGGAGAGCACGAGAGGAGCGUGCUCUGCUCCUCCUCCAUCGAUAGCGACCGCACCCUCCUCCCUUGCGUGAAGCCUCCACUCCUCUGCUUUAUCUCUUCUGGACCACGUCCAUCUCUUUUCUCCUCAUCCUCACGCCUCUCUCGCCUCCCUUCUUUCUUCUACUGCAAGGCAAAACCGAGAGAGGGGAAAACACCUGCCACCAUCCUAUUCAGCAUGGCGCCGCCGCUCCACUUCGUCCCCCGUCGUUCCGAGGGCACCGGCGGAUGCGCCUCGUCGUCCUCUCCAUCCUCCCCAAACGAAUCUAGCCGGGACUCUCCAAUUCAACGACAAAUUCGCCGAUACCCAACUCUGACCACCGGAGAAAAUGGUCAAUUCCGGCCGCUGGAGGCCUCCCCCAUCCUCUCCGACCUCAUCGACGGCUCCCUGGAGCUCGACGCCGGCGGUACUCCGGCGACCCCCUGGACGCCUCACCACCACCAUCCGGUUCCCCACGUUCUGCCGCACCCCCGACGCCGUCUCGCCCGUCCCGGGUUGGCCGGAAUCUCCAGAUUCGUGCUUGACUGUGAGCUCAGCCAUGGCGUUUUUGUCCCAGACCUCCGCCUUGUACUGGGUCAAAAUGGCUGCGCGUCUCGUUCUAAUCAAAACCCGAGUCUCCAGCUCAGUGAUCCGUGGAUGGGCCUUGGCCCAGGUUCCCUUCCCGGCGUCAGUCCUCUAUCCUGCGCCAGCAGUAGCCUAGAUCCGGCCCAGAAAACAGCGCAGCAUUUGCUUCUUCCGGAUAGGAUCGCGAAGUGGUGUGGUGAGAUACGCCAAGUUCUCCGGAUGUUUCUCGGCAAGCUUUAACAGGUAUGAAGAUAUGUUCGAUGAAGACGACGUUAGCAAGGUUACCCUUCCGGCUUGGCCUGGGCAGGGUUAUGGACGCCGCUGGUUAUCUUCAGGACUCUUAGUUCAAUUUGUAUCUUGUCCGUACUCGGAUGUAUUCGCUCUUCUGUAUGAUUUGGAUCUUUGUAUGUAUCUAUUUGUAUCUUGACUCGUUGGAGUCGUUGUUGUAA